AUGCUGUUGCGUUCGGAGGAAGGGAACGGGUUCAACGAAGAGGAUUCCGGAGUGCUGCCAGAGCGCAGUAAGGAGAUUAUUCAGCAGCUGCGUCUACUGCGCUAUGAAUGCGCCAGCUGUUUGUGCAACAUCCGCCAUGAUGUGGCUGUAUGGUCCUGUAGUGAAUGUUUUCGCAUUUUCCACCUGUACUGUAUAAAAAAGUGGUCCAAGCAGACUGAGAGUGGGGUUGGCUCCUCAUUUCGAUGUCCACAGUGUCAGGUGACGCAGGAGUCCGUGUCAAAGUAUCUUUGCUUCUGUGGAAAGAUACGGGACCCACCGUACGACCCACACGUUACACCACACAGCUGCGGUCAGAAGUGUGGCAAGAAGAGGCCAUUGUGCGAUCACCUAUGCCCGGUACAGUGUCAUCCGGGGCCAUGCCCUGAAUGCCCCUUUUUCACUGUCCCAAAGCCAUGUCACUGUGGAGCCACCACAUAUAUGUGGCGAUGUGGUCAGCCAGAUCCACAGAAAUCGUGCGACAACGUCUGCUCAAAGAGACUGAAUUGCUCUAUACACACAUGCAAGCGUAAAUGUCACGCUGGAGCUUGUGACCCAUGUCCUGAAAGGAUCUUAGCCAUCUGCCACUGCGAGUUGGAAACACGCGAACUCCCGUGUGGUUCCACAUCGUUUUCAUGUGGACGGGUUUGUGGUAAAACCUUGCGAUGUGGUGUUCACGUUUGUGACCUAUUCUGCCAUUCUGGUGCCUGUCCCCCGUGUGUUAGGGAUCCUUCUAUUAUCGUAACUUGCCCUUGCGGUUACGUACCUUUAACUGUUAUGAGAACACGAUGUAGUGACCCUAUUCCCACGUGUGGAAAGUCGUGCGGACGUGUAUUGGACUGUCAACGUCACACUUGUCAGGCUUUGUGUCAUGAAGGGGCAUGUGAGCCAUGUCAACAGCGUGCCCUAACUAAAUGUGUCUGCGGCGCCACACAAAAGCUAGUGCCUUGUACAGCACAAGAUGGUUUUUGUUGCAAUAUCAUCUGUAAGGCAAAGUUAUCAUGUGGGAAACAUACAUGUCGUGCUAAGUGUUGCCCAGCUCGGAAGCAACAAAAUAGCGUUGUGCAUCAGUGUAACCAAAUAUGCAACAAGAAACUUCAUUGCGGUCAUGCCUGUCUGGAGGCUUGCCACCGUGGGAUGUGCCCUCCUUGUGUUCAUGUGGUUCCAGAGCGUCUGGUGUGUCGCUGUGGCGCUGAAGUUUUGAUGCCGCCGCAACCGUGUGGAACCCCUCCACCAACUUGCAGGCGAGCUUGUACGCUGCCACUCUCUUGCAACCACCCAUCCGUAAAACACAACUGCCACUACGGUGAAUGCCCUCCAUGUAUGUUUCCUGUAGAGAAAAUAUGUGUUGGUGGGCAUACCGUGGUGAAGAAUGCUCCUUGUAGUGCCGCGUUUGUGUGUUGUAGUUCCAAAUGUGGAAAAUUGUUGGCUUGUGAUCACGCAUGCCCCCGCGUUUGCCAUCCUGACCUUUGUAUGGAUGAGCAACACCCUUGUCUUCAGCUCUGUGGGAAACUGUACGCCGAGUGCGGGCAUGCCUGUAAGGCAAAGUGCCACUUCCUGAAGGCGUGUCCGCCGUGUACCGAGACGGUGGUAUGUCGUUGCCAGUGUGGACGGCAAACGCGGCAUGUUCCGUGCAGGAAAUUUCUUCGUUACGUGCGCGAACACGCCGGCGAAGGCAUGACUAUAAAGUGCGAUGCGGAUUGUCUUUUUAAUCGACGACUUGAUAUAUUGGCUAGACGAUGUAAACCGUCCGUGCCGUCACUCCCAACGCCGGUGAAGUAUUCUUUGUUGUUGUGGGACUUUGGAAGCAAAAAUCCCACGUGGGUUGGCACAAUAGAGGAGGAAUUGGAGCGUUUUGUGUCAAGCCAUGUCCCACUGGUAUCGUUGAAGCCGAUGCCUCCAGAAAAACGCGCAGUUGUUCACUCCCUCUGUCACUAUUAUCAUAUUUUUUCUGAGUCUGUGGAUGCGGAGCCCAACCGAUCCUGCCUACUUACAAGGACGGCGGCAACAUCGCUCCCUGCCCCGUUGCUCAGUGCGGCUCUCGCCGACCCUGACACUAACAAUCCACACACGUUUAUCCAACAGAUCUGUGAGAAUGGGGAAGAGGGGAUGCGGGAGCAUGUUCUUCUUAUGGAAGGGGAGAACGUGAACGCCGUUGUCGUCUCUCGCAUUUUGCAUGACUUUGCUGGGGAAUUUGUUUGUGGGGCAGAGGAGGCAACCCGGGACGAGAAGAGACGCAUGCGGGUGUACUUUGUGCAUUCAUCACGGCAGCAGCAGGCGUACCGUCACCUGCGCUCCGUCAGGCCUCCGUUUGAAGUGUAUCUGCCGUCCCGCCCAGGCGAGGAAAUCACUGCGUGUGCCCAUCCCCCCAGCUCCAUCUCCUGGGCAAAGUUGGUUUGCUCCAAGACAAAAGGCGAUUUCGAAUAA